AGAGAGAGAGAGAGAGAGAAAGCCGCGCGCAUUCCGUACCUCAUCUCUAUUGGAGCAGCGACUUGUGCGUUGCUAUAGCGUGCGCGUCCUUCUGGGAUUGCUGAUUGACGCAUUGAAUUCGAAGAGACAUCAGUUACGACCGAGAUAGAUAGAAGCUAGAGGAGAAGGAGGAGGAGCAUGGGUGAUCUCCUUUUGUGGCUCGUCUCCUUCUUCUUUCUCAUAGCCUUGCUCGUCCUCGUCGUUUAUCAGCUUAUGUGCCUGGCAGAUCUAGAGUUUGAUUAUAUCAACCCUUAUGACUCUUCAUCUCGAAUCAACAGAGUGAUUUUGCCGGAGUUCAUUGCACAAGGAGUGUUAUGUGUAUUCUAUCUCGUAACAAGGCAUUGGUUUAUGUCCCUGCUGUGUGGUCCAUACCUUUUCUACAAUGUUAGACUGUACUUGCAAAGGCGGCACCUGGUAGAUGUCACUGAGAUAUUCAACCUGCUGAAUUGGGAAAAGAAGCAGCGGCUGUUCAAAUUCUUCUAUCUCAUAUUUCUGCUCAUUUUCUCCAUAGUUUGGAUGAUUCUAACCACACUGGAUGAGCAUGAAUAGUUGGGGACUGUAACUUACUUUCUGGAGUAUGUACUGGAGGUAUCGAAUGCCGCAAACUAUUGCUAAGGUGUUAGCGAUAGACUGCUGCCUCCAAGCAACACCAAUUGUAACUAAAUUAAUAGCAGGGUUUGUAUUUGUUUGGAUAAUAAGUUAAUCUCUUCCCCCCCACCCCUUCUGUACUUCGCUUUUGUAGAAGGCAGUGUUAUCCUGCUUGUAAGCAAUCCUUGUUGAAACAUCCCAAUGUAACCCCCAACUUUAGAGUUCAACCCAAUUUUAGUUAAAAAGUCAUCCUCUUUUUUAUUUUAA